AGCAUUACUGCUAGCUGCACUGAUAUCAUAGACAGAGGUUUAUUCUUAAACUUGGUCAAGCUCUUUUGAUUAUACAAAUCAAGAUGAAGUCAGCUGUUGCUACUCUUGCUUUUGCCAUGGCGAUUCCUGCCGCGUAUUCUAUUUUCAUAAGCGGGGGAACUGUUGGAGCAGGAUUUGGUCUGCCCCUUAUCACCCUUGGGGGCACAGGAACCACUGCUGGAACCGCUGCAACUACCGCCAUAGGCAUCACAGGUCUUACAGCCGCCUCCGCCACUUUAGCCGGGGUCGGAGGUUUAGUUGCUGUCGUCGGAGCUGGAGCUGUCCUCGGGGGUCUAGCCGCUGCUGCCGUCAGAGGAGCUGGUUCUCGAGGUGGUUCCCAAAGAGGAGGCAGGAGGGGUAAGAGGUCUCCCGUCAACCAGGAGAUGAUCGGAGAACAGUUUGUGUUUGAUGCUAUUGCAACCAUGGAUACUAUUGACUGCGGAAAGAGAUAUCUCUGUGAGAUUGCCGCAACUCCUCUUGAAGAACUCACACAAGAGGAACUAUCUUCUCUUCUCCUUUUCCAGUCCGCCCCCGGAGCACCUGGAAGCGGCAAAGCUGAUUUUGAUAAAGCUGUCAGACUUGGAGCUGUCAGCAGAAACCCUAACACCUGUCAAAUUAGAUACAAGAGUUGCCAGACUGUUGACGUUGAUGCCAGCAGUUUGCAGCAGAACCAGCUUUAAUUUGUUUUUUUUUGUAUUUUUUCAAAAUUGCAUUCAUUCUGAUAGAUUUAUAUUACAUUUACGUAUCAAAGUAAAACAUGUGUUUUAAUCUUA